AUCUGCUCAUGAACUCCACGCAGAGAAACGCAUUCAGAUGGUGUUAAAUGGUGUCCAGAGUUGUCAUAUUAAACGAGAAGCGGAGGUUUCGAAUACUAAUCGAGAAUGUCACUGACUGCAACAGACACCAAGACACUGCAGUACCUGCUGAAGGUGUCAAAACCUGCCCAUGAUCCACUGGUGACUUUAGCUGGUGUGACAGCCAUCUUUGAGUUUGUCAGAUCGACAGAUGACAAAAAAGUUGUGCAAUGGAUGUUGGAGGAAGGUCUGGCUGAUAUAUUGGUCAGCUGCUUGGACACCUGGAAACCACAGGGCAACAGCCAGGACAUACACAGUGUUCUUGUGUUGGUCACACUGGAACUCACCCACCAUCUUUCAUCCAUACCUCACAUGCUUCCGCAACAAAUGAUGACAGGCAGAUUUUACACAUCGCUACUUCAUUUAGUAAACACGAAAGGAGAAUUUUUCAGAUUCUCUGAUGAGUUUCAAAAAACGUUUUGCUUCUUAACACAAAGAAAACAGCUCAUUGCAAAUGUAGUCAAGGAGAGAGUUGAUGGAGAUGUUAAACAUCAUCUUGGAAACGUUCUAAAAUAUCCCGUAGAUCUUCCUGGGUGUGUGUACAGAUGCAGCUGCUUCGACACCAGUGAGGAGACGGACAUCAACAUCACACAACAGCUAAUAAGUGAAGGUCUAGCCUGGCCCAACUUAGACACACAGGAAGAAGCUCUACAGAACUGGACAGAUGUGGUUAUUACCCAGUAUCUCGGGGAUCAGUACUUCUUUGCUCUACUUGGUGAAGCAGCCAUCAGACAGGCAGCUGCCAUCAAGUCCAUCAUAGAAAACGAGAAGGGUGAUCUGAAAGCUGCAUCUAUCGAGGUCAGAAAGAUUGUGCUUGUGCUUGCAUUUCGAGAUGGGCAACAGGAGUAUGUGCGAGGUCAGGUUGUCAGCCAUGUUGGAGAAUGGGUGACGGUGAUGAUGCUGGACUAUGGUGGGGUGAGGGAGGUUCAGCUGCUGGAUGUCUUCGAGUUGCCGUCUGCUCUCAGUCUCAUGUACUUCCCAGCCCAGGUCUCCCUGUGCUACCUGGCAGGUGUGCGUGCACCGGCCUGUGAUGUUAACACCAUGCAGUUGGCCCUGGCAUCAAUGUGUAACCUCAUCCGCUACUGUGUCGCAUCAGGGUUGACUUUGUUGAAGACAGAUUGUUGUUUGACAUACUUGCUGCGGGUCCUGCGGUGUCCGGACUCCAGCCUGGUGCUGCAGACUCUCCGCGUCAUCAACAACCUGGCCACCAACCCUCGCACCGACCAGACUCUGUUCGAACCAGUUCUCCUCGACCUUCUCGAGCUCAUGAAGAGUUUGCCACACCGGAGUUGGAGCAUCAACAUGAUGGAGGACAUCAGCUACGUCUGCAUGUCCUGCAUCGCCAACAUCCUCAGCUUCUCCAGGCACUACCGCUCUCUCUUUUACCAGAACGAAGGAUUGUCAACUGUACUACAAAUCCUGGUUGGCUACAAACCAUUAAAGCCUGUAUCCAGGAUAGGCACUCAGCUCCUGCGCAAUUUCCUGUAUGUGACAGAGGUGAAGGUCACACAACAACGGCCGUCAGGUGGUGUUGUCCCAAAGGCUGACAUGCUAACUGCAGUAAGUACUAGACUGAACCGGUCAAAGAGUCCUCAUUUGCCAGACUCCAGGUCAGAGGGUGUCAGCUCCAGUGAGGAGGAGGGGAACACAAGAGAGGACCCGUCUGCUACGCAUCAUGUGUCCCCCACAAGAGGUGCAGGACUAGAAGAUGGGGAUGUUGUGGCCAUCAAUUCAGGAGAGAUGCAGACUGCUCCAAAUCGGCAGUACGUCUAUGGUUCUCAGGUGGAUUUCGAUAAUGAUCUGACACAUGAAAUCAUACCCAACAAAGAGUUGUCUAAAGUUUCUAAAACAGCUGUUGCUGAUGUUGUCUGUGGGAUGCUGAACAGUCGUGGAGGUACAAUCUACUUUGGAGUGUCUGAAGAUCACAUUGUCCGGGGCAUGAAGAUCAGUCGCAAUGACCGAGACUCCUUUCGCCUGGGUGUUGACAAUAUGAUCAUGGAUUGGAUAUCACCCCCUGUGUUGCACAUCCAGUUUGAGCUAGUUUACACACCGGUCUUUACAGCCACGUACAGACCCCGGCACCAAACGACUACAUCCAGAUCUAUACAUUGUGAGUACAUCCAGGUGACAGAUCAGUAUAUUGUAGGUGAGUACAUCCAGGUGACAGAUCUGUACAUUGUAGAGUUCAAAAUUCCACCAAGUCGAGGUGCUCUCCACUCAACCAGCGGCAGGUGUCUGUACAGGUUCGGUACCCGAACACUCCCUCUCUCUACCAAGGAGGUGAGGGAGCUGGUUGUCAUGGCUGAAGAAAAUGUAUAUAAGGAGGAAAUACUCAGUUGGAGACAGAAGUUAAAGAACCUGAAAGACAAGAAGCUCCAAUCAUGAAUAUACACAUACACUUGUUUGUAUUCUAGUGGGAUAGAGGUGCAGAUACAACCUCAUAUUUGUGUCCCAGUAGGAUAGAGGUGCAGAUACGAUCUCAUAUUUGUGUCACAGUGGGGUAGAGGUGCAGAUACGACCUCAUGUUUGUGUCACAGUGGGGUAGAGGUGCAGAUACGACCUCAUGUUUGUGUCACAGUGGGGUAGAGGUGCAGAUACGACCUCAUGUUUGUGUCACAGUGGGAGUAGAG